UCGAUUCAGUGUCAGCUGAAAUCCAUCACAAAAUUUCAAACAAUCCCAGAAUUUUUUACCUUUCAGUCCAACUCUAAACAGUAGUGUUUUUUUUUCCGGGAAAAAUGGGAAGAGAACUUCAUAUGUUUUUCCUUCCAUUCUUGGCUCAUGGUCACCUCAUCCCAACUUUGGAUAUGGCCAAGCUGUUUGCUAGUCGAGGGGUGAAGACAACUAUAGUCACCACUCCAGUCAACGCUGCUUUCUUCUCCAACACAAUCGAGAGAAGCAAGGAAUCGGGUAUCCAUAUCGGUGUUGAGGUUAUCAAGUUUCCGGCUGUCGAAGUUGGGUUGCCUGAAGGGUGUGAAAGUGCAGAUUUGAUCCCUGCUCGCCUAGUUUUUGAACUGAUGCCCAAGUUCUGGAAGGCCGUGCUCAUGCUUCAAGAACCGUUCGAAAAGCUGUUACAAGAAUGUAAACCAGAUUGCAUGGUGGUUGGUGUGUUCUUCCCUUGGGCUACUGAUGUUGCAAACAAGUUCGGAAUUCCCAGGUUGGUGUUUCAUGGAACUAGCUACUUUUCAUUGUGUGCAACGGAGUGCAUGAGACUAUACGAGCCACACAAGAAAGUCCAGUCCGAUUCCGAACCUUUUGUGGUGCCUAACCUUCCCGGUGAUAUCGAGUUAACGAAAAACCAGCUGCCAGAUUCCGUCAAACAAGAAGAUGAAAAUGAACUUAGCAAGAUGAUUAAAGCAACCAGGGAGGCAGAGUUGAAAAGCUACGGCGUAGUUGUCAACAGUUUUUACGAGCUCGAGGGAACCUAUGCUGAUUACUAUAGGAAUGUGUUGGGUAAAAAGGCAUGGCAUGUCGGCCCUGUUUCGCUCUGCAAUAGGACAACUAUAGAUAAACUAGAGAGGGGGAAGAAAUCAACCAUUGAUGAACACGAGUGCUUGAAGUGGCUUGACUCGAAAGAAUCCAAUUCGGUUCUUUACAUAUGUUUUGGGAGUAUGGCCAGCUUCACCUCUGGUCAGUUAAAGGAGAUCGCUAUGGCCCUUGAAGUAUCAGAGGUGCAGUUCAUUUGGGUUGUGAGGAAGCCAAAGAACAAUGAAGAAGAUGAGGAUUGGUUGCCAGAAGGGUUUGAGAAGAGAAUGGAAGGGAAGGGACUCAUAAUAAGAGGAUGGGCACCCCAAGUUUUGAUUCUUGAUCAUGAAGCAGUGGGAGGAUUUGUGACUCAUUGUGGAUGGAAUUCAACCUUGGAAGGCGUGUGUGCUGGUGUGCCUAUGGUCACUUGGCCAAUAUUUGCAGAGCAGUUCUACAAUGAAAAGUUGGUGACUCAAGUCUUGAAGAUUGGAGUGGCCGUUGGUGUUCAGAAAUGGGUGAGAGUGGAGGGAGAUUUUGUGGAAAGGGAAGCCAUUGAAAAGGCAGUGAAGGAGAUCAUGAAGAGUGAGAGAGCAGAAGCAAUGAGAAACAGAGCCAAAGCACUGGCCGAAGCAGCAAAAAAAGCUGUUGAAAAAGGAGGGUCUUCUUACUCUGAUUUGGAUGCUCUGAUUGAAGAAAUAAGCUUACAUUCUCAUUAAAUCCGUAGACAUUUCAUAUUGUCGUUUGGUUCUUCAACUUCAUGCAUGUUUCGCUUUACUGUUAAAUUGGUAGAGCCCUCCUUUCAUACUUUGUAUAAUAUAACACCUGCAUGAUUCUUUUUU